GCAAUAGGCGCCAGAGCCCCAGCAUUUCACAUGAUAGCAUGCCUUGGUUAACGUAGUAAACCAUAGAUAUAUUUGUGUCAAAAUACUAAAACAGAUAAACGAUUGCUUUUUUUUUUUAAGAAAUAUUGCUUUAUUUUGAUUUCUCAAUAUCGAUAACAAACAUCACAUAAUGUUAUAGAUUUGAACGUGCGUGAGCACGAUAAUGUACAUGUUAGGUAGACGUCAGUGUUUGUUUUGUUUUUAGCAAUAUCAAGCUAACCCACACGUUUGACAUACACCUUUAAGUCCUUUCGAAUAAAAUAGGUAAAUAGAUUUGUUAGUUAUCGUUAUUUUUUGCGCAAGUAAUGCCAGUACACGCGAGAGAAAAGAAAGAGAGCAAUCAUGAAGAGAUGGAAGUGGACUUCGCAGAGCAAGAUGGGAGCAGUUCAGAUGACGAGGAAACCGAGAGCUCGUCUGUCUCAGAGGAUGGAGAAAGUUCAGAAAUGGACGAUGAAGACUGUGAAAGGAGAAGAAUUGAAUGCAUUGACGAAAUGACUAAUCUUGAAAAACAGUUCACUGACCUCAAAGACCAGUUAUACAAAGAGCGUCUGAAUCAAGUUGAUGCCAAACUCCAGGAAGUGAUGUCAGGAAAGGCCCCUGAGUACUUGGAGCCUCUUGCAACACUACAGGAGAAUAUGCAAAUUAGAACAAAAGUUGCAGGCAUCUACAGAGAGCUCUGCUUGGAUUCUGUGAAGAAUAAAUAUGACUGUGAAAUGCAAGCAGCGUUUCAGCAUUGGGAGAGUGAGAAACUGCUAUUAUUUGAUACAGUGCAAAGUGAAUUAGAGGAGAAGAUAAGGCGAUUGGAGGAAGACAGACAUAGCAUUGACAUUACCUCAGAGCUCUGGAAUGAUGAGUUACAGUCAAGAAAAAACAAGAAGAAAGAUCCAUUCAGUCCAGAAAAGAAGAAAAAGCCUGUCGUUGUAUCAGGCCCAUAUAUUGUAUAUAUGCUGCAAGACCUGGAUAUACUGGAGGACUGGACCGCUAUCAGAAAGGCCAUGGCAACAUUAGGACCUCACAGAGUUAAGACUGAUGUCGCAUGCUCAAAGAGUGAUAAACACCAACACACUGCACGCUCGGAGGAUGGACGCCUGUUUUACGACGGCGAGUGGUUUGGCCGCGGUCAAGCCAUAUGUAUCGACAAGAAAGAUGAAUAUCCCACGAGCGCCGUAAUAACUACAAUCAAUCAGGAUGAGGUUUGGUUUAAACGGGUCGAUGGCAGCAAGUCAAAACUCUACAUCUCACAACUUCAAAAAGGCAAAUACACCAUAAAACAUGCCUGAGACCUGAUUGCUUUUCACUGCGGCAGUCGGGAAUGUUUAAUAGUGUCAUUUAUUGUACAGGUUAUCACGUUUAAAUACUUUUUUGGUUGUGUAAAAAGAUUAGUUGAUGUGUUGUCUUGUACUUUGUUCAAUAAAAUGCCAUUUGUAAGAUUA